GGGCGUGUCCGUGAGGCCUUAGAGGGCGUCUGCGGCCUGGCCAGGGCAGCGCGCGCCCCUCGCGUGACAUGCGGGGGGUGGCGAGUGCGGGGCCACGCGAGCCCCGGGCCCUCGUGGGGCGCGGCGCCCUCUGCACCAAGCCCAGGGCUGGUGGGGACCCUGCAGUGGGGACCCCAGCCCCACGUGGACGUCCGGCCCCGGGAAGGCCGCGCUCCAGGAACGGCCGGGUCUCCCAGGGCGGGCACGGGGCGGUGACCUCGGGGCCUGCGCACAAAGCGCUGCUUUCCAGAGAUACCAACUUCCUCCCGGAGAUUAGCGGUAAACGGGAAGAUGCCCCUACAGGGACUAAACUGAAAGCCGAGUCUCAGGGCUUGGUGACGUUUGGGGACGUGGCUGUUGUUUUCUCCCAGGAGGAGUGGGAAUGGCUCAGCUCUGAGCAGAGGAGUCUGUACUGGAGGGUGAUGCUGGACAACUACAGGAACCUGGCGUCCCUGGGACUUUGUGCGUCUAAGCCAGAUAUGAUCGCCUUGUUGGAACAAGGAAAAGAUCCCUGCGUGUUGAAAAGAAAGACGGCAAGAGGCCUGCGCCCAGACUUAGAGGCUGUGUGGGAGGCCAAGGAGUGCCCUCCAGAGGACUUAGGUGAAGAACAGUUAUCCCAGGUGGUGCUAAGACAACAGCUCCUGCACCGUAGACCCAAGCGCUCUGUGUUAGGGGAAGACUGGAGUGGCAGCGCUGUGUCCCAGACACGGAGGGCAUUGGACCCCAAGACCAUCACAGAUACGGCUAGAGACAGCUCUCCACAGCUUGCGUCAGCUCCGAAGAGUUUCUGUAAGAAUGUGGCUUGGGAGGACUCUGAUGACCUGGGGUCCUUAGGCCUGCGGUCUGUACAUGGGGCCCAGGGUUUGUUCUCAAAGCAAGACUCAAAUGCUGAAAGGUUAACAGACAGAACGUGGAGCACUAAACUUGAGUGCUCCACUUUCAGAGAAGAUUGGGAUCCUGAGUGUGGGUUUGAAAGGAAUGGUCAAGACACACCGUUUGAGCAAGACACAGUUACUCAGAGCAGAGCCUUCUCAGAGAAGAGAGAGCGUGUGUGUAUCGAGUCUGGAAGAUGCCUUCAUUUGGAUAGUUCAGAAGGGAGAAGUCACAAUUGUCACUCAGGCAAAAGUUUCCCCCCAAACUCAGCGGGCAUGCAAGAAGCAGAAAUGUACGCAGGAAGAAAACUUUUCAAAUGCGAUGAAUGUAAGAAAACCUUCACCCAGAGCUCCUCCCUCACAGUUCACCAGAGAAUUCAUAGCGGAGAGAAACCCUAUCAGUGCCAUGAGUGUGGCAAGGCUUUCAGUGAUGGUUCCUCUUUCACACGCCACCAGAGGUGCCACACAGGCAAGAAGCCGUACGAGUGUGGCGAGUGUGGCAAGGCUUUCAUCCAGAACACCUCCCUUGUACGCCACUGGCGCUACUAUCACACCGGGGAGAAGCCUUUCGAUUGCACGGACUGUGGGAAAGCCUUCAGUGACCACAUAGGGCUUAAUCAACACAGGAGGAUUCACACGGGAGAGAAACCUUACCAAUGCGAUGUGUGUCACAAAUCCUUCAGAUACGGCUCAUCCCUCACGGUGCACCAAAGGAUUCACACCGGAGAAAAGCCAUACACGUGCGACAUCUGCAGAAAAGCCUUCAGCCACCACGCGUCGCUCACCCAGCAUCAAAGAGUGCACUCCGGGGAGAAGCCCUUUAAGUGUAAGGAAUGCGGGAAAGCCUUCCGGCAGAACAUCCACCUUGCCAGCCACCUGAGGAUCCACACGGGGGAGAAGCCCUUUGAGUGCGGGGCGUGCGGGAAGGCCUUCAGCAUUAGCUCGCAGCUUGCCACUCACCAGAGAAUUCACACGGGAGAGAAGCCUUACGAGUGCGAGGUGUGCAGCAAGGCGUUCACGCAGAAGGCUCACCUUGCCCAGCAUCAGAAAACUCACACGGGGGAGAAGCCGUACGAGUGUAAGGAGUGCGGCAAGGCUUUCAGCCAGACCACCCACCUCCUGCAGCAUCAGAGGGUUCACACGGGAGAGAAGCCUUACAAAUGCCUGCAGUGUGGCAAGGCCUUCGGCGACAACUCAUCCUGCACUCAGCACCAGAGACUUCACACGGGCCAGAGGCCUUUUGGGUGCGUGGAAUGCGGGAAGGCCUUCAAGACCAAGUCGUCCCUUAUCUGCCACCGCAGAUGUCACACUGGGGAGAAACCCUACGGGUGUAGUGCAUGCGGCAAGGCCUUCAGCCACCGCCAGUCCCUUAGUGUCCACCAGAGGAUUCACUCUGGGAAGAAACCGUAUGAAUGUAAGGAGUGUAGCAAAACCUUCAUCCAGAUUGGACACCUCAACCAGCAUAAGAGAGUCCAUGCCGGGGAGAGAGCGUAUAGCCGCAAGAGGGCCACGAGGGUCUCGAGGCAGACCGCACACUUUCCUCACCAUCCGCGAAUCCAUGCCGGGGAGGCACCCGCUCACCCUCCUUUGCCCGCCACAGCCAAUCCUGUGGAUCUCUUCCCCAAACUCAUCUGGGGUCCAUCCUCGUUUUCAGCAUCAUAGCCUCCAAACGUUGCCCUUCCCACUAGGCUGCUUUUAACAGCUCACCUCUCCGCCCCUGUGCUCAACUUUUCCUUACCAGUUUGUUCUUCAUGUUGCAGUCAGGUUGGGUUAUUUAUUUUUUUGGAGUGUAAAUGUAAUUAAUGUGCUCAUUGAAAACUUAUUAUCCAUUGGUUAAUGCUUGAGAUGUGCUUCGCACAGCGCCUGAUCCAUACCAAGUACUCAGCAAACCCGGCUCUUUUUAAAAGUUUAUUUUUGAAAAUGGAAAUGUUACCGUCGUCGGCCCUGAUAGAAACGAUGCAUUAGAACGAGGUUAGGAGAAACCAGGUUUCAAAACAGAAAGCGAGUUCUCUGAGCUGCUGCCGAGGCUUGCUUCUUUUCCUUGAAAACAUGGUUCUAAGCCAAGGGUAUGGUGGGUUCACCUGUAAUCCUAGUGUUCAUGAAUGCAAGGUCAGCUGGGGCAACUUAAUGAGACCCCCAUCCCUAAAUAAAAACAAAGCAGUUGAUCCCAUACUGCUGAACUGUAUCAUGGCUGUGAAUUUGAAUUAUGUGAGUAUAAGCUAGGUAAGAAAACUUUCAGUGAGAAAACUACUAUACAGGUGAUAAUCAAAGGAUAGACAGUGUAUGUAGGCCGCCUGAAACAAAUGAAUCAAAACAGUUGGGACAGUACAAGGUCUUAUAUACAUGUAGUUAAAACUACAAACAAAUUACUUAAGAAUGACAGAACUCUGAAGGGUUUCAUCUAUUUAAAGUCACUGGCUUAUGAAUACAUUCUUGGUAAACAUCCGAGGAAGUAUUAACACUGGGGUAAACUGAUCUAGGGGGCAGCAAACUGACUUACGGUCUGUGUCACUGAUUACUUUUGUAUGGUCCAUAAUCUAAAUUUCUAAAAAUGUGUUGAGUGGUUUUACACAUUGGAGGAAUGUUUCAGCCUGGUGACUAUGCGAAACAUUUUCGUGUCUGUAGGUGACGAUGUAUGGGCUUGCAGCCAACAUGUUCACUUUUUACUGUUUGUGGUGCUUUCAUCCACGGAGCCAGAACAGAGUUUUAGUGAGUCACAGCCAUGGCUGUGACUUUGGCUGCUUUUGUUCUUUGUUUGUUUGUUUGUUUGUUUUGCUUUUCCCAGGGGCAGAGUUACCAGCUGCACUGGAGACUGUAUGACCACAUUAAGUCACAAAUAUUUUCAGCUGAAGAGUAGAGGAGACUGCUCAAAAGUUUCUAACCUCAUGGCAAUAAACCCUGCCCAGAAAACCAAAACCAAACCCAAGACUAUUGGGCUCGGCAGGUAAAGGUACUUGUUGCCAACCCUGCUGGCAUGAGUUUGAUCCUUGGAACUCAUGUGGUAGAAGAGAAAAUUCACUAAUGAGAGUUGUCCUGACUGCCACAGCUUCACACAAGUGCUGUCGCAUGUACACUCUAAGACACAAACAGUAGAUCGCUUAAAAUACAGCAAUAAAGCAAUUUAUGGAGAGAUGAAAUUAUUAAAUGAUAUAAAGCUCAAUAAAAUAUAUUUACAGAAAAUA